UUGGCAACUGUGGCCUCGUCCUCAUGACCAAGACCCAACUAGAGGCGUGGUCAGACACUGCCACGCCGCUCUCCGUGGAUGAACUCUCGGACACAACUGCCCUCUUGAGAGGCAGCCUCAUACACCUGGCGACCAAGAAAAUCACCCUUGCAGGGACAAACACAACGGUUGAUUUCCCCGAACACGACGCCGUCUCCAUGAUCGUCGAGAUAUAUCAAAAGGAUGUGGGCCAAACCCAGUGGGAGGCAGCUAUCAAG